AUGGUGACUAUGGUACAUGUAAACAAACUUGUGACCCCACCUUAUUCAACUAUUCCAUUUUAUGAUGGUCAAGAAGAACCAGAUUCAUAUUAUGCUAAACUUAGAAAUAUUAACGAAUUAGCCCGACCAUUGGCUGUUGCAGGUUUUAAUCCCCUUGUAAGAUCUAAUAAAAUAAGAGAAAAGAUGACAGGUAGAUUCCACCCAGUUCCUGUUAACAAUUCAUAUAAUGCUAAUGCUCCAAUCAAUAAUGAGGCAGAGAGCUUGAAUUGGUUACAAGGCAAAUAUUGGGAAGUAAUGGUUAGAAUUAAUCAAGACGCACUAAGAUCACUUAUGAAUGAAAAAAUUUUCACAAUAGAUACAGCAGAUACUUAUGAGAAAAGAAUCAAGACAUAUGCGCAAGGUAUUCCUUAUGCAGAUGUAUUGUCUUAUCUUUAUAAUCAUAUGACACAAUAUAUGGAAAUGAGACUUAAACAAGCUAAUCCAGCCAAUUUAGAUGCUUUUUUCACAAAUCUACGACAAAUUUGA